AUGCCUACCUGUUUAUACCUGGCCGCCAAGACGACCAACCACAACAUCCCCAUCGAGGUGUUUGUCAAGAAAUUUGAAAAGUUCAAGGCCGAGGAGGUACUCGACCUCGAGUUCCUUGUUGCCCAGAGUUUGAGCUUUGAGUUCUGGGUGCGCGGAGCCGAGAGGGCACUGCGGGGUUGGGCACUCGAGUUGCAAUCUUCCCCGAUUGGUGGGGCCGGAGAACGCGCACAGCGCGCAUUGCCAAAAGCGUUGCAGGCGCUUUCGGCGAGUCGGAUGACGGACGCCGAGUUCUUGUUCACGCCGGCACAGAUUGCGCUUGCAUGUUGGCGGGUUGCGGAUAAGGAGUUGACCGACGCCUUCCUCGCCGCAAAGUAUAAUGGUGCGGAGGAAGACAAGGUCCCCUUUGGGAUGCCUCAGGAUGAGCUUUUGCGUAUUUCGGGACAAGUCGAGUCCAUGAUCCGGACUGGGGAGGCGCAGCACGACCUCAAAAAGGUCAAGGAGGUUGACAAGCGCCUCAAGGGAUGUGCAAACCCCGAGAAGGUUCCUGGCACUGCAUUAUACGUCAAGCGCAAGGCGGAGCUGGAGGCCAAGGCGGCGCAGGAGAAGAAGGAGAAGCAGGACAGGGCGGCGCGCGCACACGAGGCCGACGGUAUGGUGUUUGGCGGGGAGUUGAAGGCGCCAACAUCCAACGGCGGCCCACUCGAGGAGUAA